UAAUUAAUUUUCAAAUGGUUAUAUACUCAUGGUAUUUGCUAAACAAACUGUUGACACAUUUCCAAACACCAAACCCACUUAUGAUCAGUUCUAAACUUCUAAACAUGUAAUUCUAAACCUGGAAAAUCAGAAUUCAUAAUGAAUGUGCUUGUAUAUAUAUAUAAAAAAGAAAACUGCUGCAUAGUCCUGUGAGGUCAGAGCAUUUAAUAUUACACAAAUCUGAGGCAGAAGGCAAAAAUGGAAGAUACCCUGUGACCCGUAUCACAGAAAUACACACAUUCAAGCGCACACUCUUGUUCUGUGACUGAACCUACGCUUUCAUUGUGUGAUGGGAGAAUGACAUUGGCUUUGAGUUCGCCGGUCACAUGGGUGGCUGUGCCUUCAUAAAUGGUUGCUGCAAGCUGGAGGCACUCCAUCUGACAGAAGCACACACACAUACACACACACACACACACACCGGAGACACGGCGGGUCUCAGAACCCCUCUACACGGGCUCUGCCCAUGCCACUAACACCACCUGCGGAGUCUGAUCUGGAACCAAAAAUGAACUGGGCGUCUUUUUAUGCCGUGAUCAGCGGCGUGAACCGACAUUCUACCGGCAUUGGGCGGAUUUGGCUGUCUGUCCUCUUCAUUUUCCGGAUCAUGGUUCUGGUGGUGGCGGCGGAGAGCGUGUGGGGCGAUGAGAAAGCACACUUCAUCUGCAACACCCAGCAGCCCGGCUGCAACAGUGUCUGCUAUGACCAUUUCUUCCCCAUCUCUCACAUCCGACUGUGGGCGCUGCAGCUCAUCAUGGUCUCUACCCCCGCCCUGCUGGUUACCAUGCACAUUGCACAUCGUCGGCAUAUCGACAAAAAGUUGUAUCGGCAAGCUGGCCGCACCAGUCCAAAAGACAUAGAGCAGAUAAAAAACCAAAAGAUGAAGAUUACUGGCGCCCUUUGGUGGACAUAUAUGAUCAGUCUGCUGUUCCGUGUGUUAUUCGAAUCUGCAUUUAUGUAUCUGUUCUACAUGAUUUACCCGGGAUACAAGAUGUUCCGGUUGGUAAAGUGUGACUCGUACCCCUGCCCAAACAUAGUCGACUGCUUUGUGUCCCGACCGACAGAGAAAACAGUGUUCACUAUAUUCAUGCUUGCUGUGUCCGGCAUCUGCAUCCUGCUCAACAUCGCAGAAAUCGUCUUUCUUGUGGCAAGGGCAACAAGUCGUCAUCUCAAUAACUCCAAGGAUUCCCCAGUGGGGGCCUGGAUCUCUCAGAAACUGUUCUCCCUUUAGAAGCGCUGGUCCUCUCACUCUCCGAAACCUACAUAGGCUAUUUCACAAAAAUACUUAAUGUUAAUGAGGGCUAAAGUCAUUGAUCGUGUUUUUAAAAUUUUAUAACUCAGAACACUUUUUAAAAUGUGUACAUAAUAUUACUCCACACAAUUUUAGAGCAAUAUUGAAAUAAAUUCACACUGCUGUAUGAAAUGAUAUACUCAUAUUGUCCCUAAAAACAAUGCAAUUAAAAAUGUAAUAUUUGAUGAAAAAGAUUGGAUUUAACACAUUUUGUUUUGCAAAUGGGAAAGAUGUUCCAAUUUAUUCUUCAGCUGUACUUUAUCUUGUAGAUCAGGGGGCCUCCCCAAACUGGGUUCCAAAAAUCCUUUAAAUGUACUUAUAUUAACAUAAUCUUAAUUGAAAAUGCUAAAACACUAAAAAAUAAAGACGUACAACAUUAA